UUUUUUUUUUUCUAAUAAUCUAUGUCGGAUUUUAAAGGAUUCAUUUUUUACAAUCCAAAACAUGAUGACCAAAUAAGCAUAAAGGAUGAAGAAACUACAAUAGACAAAACAAUAACUGAUUUGAGUUUUCAAUUCAGUCGCAUUGGUGGAAGAGAGAAAAAAAAUAAAAAUCGUACAUCAACACUUGCAAAUAGAUCGAUUAAAGAAACUCAAGAAAAAAGAAGACUUUCAGCUUUAGAAAUACAAAAGAAGCAACGACAUAUCUCUGUAUCUAAAGUAAGACAAAUAGCUUUAGGUACACUAGAUGCAGAUACAGAAUCUGACACUGAAGAACAAGUUGAACAACCAAAAAGUACGAAAAGAGCAAGGGAUUCUGAAGAUGAGGAUAUGAAAGAUGUUGUGUCAGCAAAGAUUAUAAAAAUAAAUCCAAGAAGAAAGAAGAAUGAUAAAAAGAAAAAUAAUAAUAUUUAUAUGAAUCAGAUCAUGUAUGCUGAAUACUUGGAGUCUAUACCAGAAGACUUUAUUGAUAAUUGGGUCACGAUGAUUUGUCCAAUAGGUAAAAGAUGUCUUGUUACUUCUGGAAAUGGACAAACAAUAGCACGUUCAAGGAAUGGAAACAUCAUUAAACGAUUUCAAUCUAUUUUACCAAGUGGAUCAAGAACAAGUCAUACUUCUGAAUACUGCAUUUUAGAUUGUGUAUACGAUGCUGUUCAUUGGACCUUUUAUGUAUUGGAUAUCAUGUGUUGGAAAGGAUACCCUAUUUAUGAUUGUGAUACGAACUUUAGGCAUUUCUGGCUACAAACAAAAGUUGAGUUGAAUGAAUUUGAUAAGCCUAACAAUGAAAAUCAGUUUUAUAAAUUUAUAGCCUUGAAACCAGUUUUAACAAGUGAAACACAGUUAAUUGCUGCUAAUCCUGAAGAUUAUCUUUUAGAAAAACAAGGAUUUACAUAUAAUAUUGAUGGCCUUUUAUUUUAUCAUCGACAAGCACAUUAUAAAGGAGGAAGUACACCUCUGGUUUGUUGGGUACCAAGAGAUAAAAUGUACAAUUUGAUAUAAUCAUUUUAAAAAAGCAGUCAUUAUGAAUUAUUCAUCAAGCCUUUUACUACUCUAUUAUCCUAUUAUUAUUUUAUUUUAUUUUUUUUUCCCUUUUUCCCUUUUUUUAUUGUAGUUAUUCUUUCUUUGUAUAUACAC